AAAACUGUCAAAUAAUUUUGAUCAAAAUUGUAUUUGUUUUUGGGUUUUGUAUUGUUCAUUGUUCGUUUGUUUUGUUGUUGAUUUUGCAUUGUUUUGGUUUUCUUAAGUGGUUUCUGAAGAUUUCUAAUUUUUGAAAUUCAUUUUCAAUUCACUAUGGAUGAACAGAGCAGGAUAUAUCACUGGUUCUAAAACCAAAUAAUAUCAUUAUUCCUUGACCAUGAAUGGCUUGAAUUCAGUGAAUAAGGAACACUGGAGAAGUUCUGUUGGUUCCUUGUUAUCCAUUGUCAUCGAUUAUGUAGUGAACAACUUAGCUUCAUUUAGCAAUGAUAACAUGGAAUCCUUGAAGAUAUUGCCCUACCAUAUUAAAAAUAGAAUUCUUAGAAAAUUUACUACAUCCUCCUACUUCUGGAAAAAUAUUGACAUGAAACAGGUGUUAUCAGCUAUUGUUAAUGAUAAUACAUAUCAUGUUAAUUUAACUUCUAUAGCAAUUGACAAUGAGAUUCUCAACAUAUUGACAAACAGUAAAAAUAUACAAAAAUUGUAUCUAUCAAGGAAUGGAAACAAUUUUAUAACAAGUACAGGUUUGAUCAACCUCUUCAAGCACACCAACAGUUUAUGUUUGCUACUGUUAGCCCAUUGUGAUCAAAUGAAUGAUGAUGUUCUUGAAGUUUUAGCCAAUUAUUGUCCAAAUUUAAUGGGUCUAGAUAUAGGAGGCUGUGUAAAUAUUACAGAUAUGGGUAUGGAUAAGUUAUCAAAAUUGAGAAAUUUGACAUGGUUAACUCUCUCAAGUACACAGAUAAGUGAUGGAGGUAUUCAAUCUAUAGUAACUGGACCUAGUGGUGCAAAAAUAAAAGAACUGAGAAUUGAGGACUGUAAAAAUGUCACAGAACAAGGAUUGAGGGCAGUGGCAGAUAACUGUCCCAAAGUGGAAAUCCUUAUGUUCCACAAAUGCUCAACCAUAAAUUCUUCAAAUAUCAUGUUCCAGGAGCAGCCCUUUAAAAACUUGAAACAUGUUACUUGGACUUUCACUUGGUAGUUGACAUACCAAUUAUCACAGCAGCACGGGUACUUAAUUUUUUUAUUGCAAUGUAUGUGCAAUUUUUAUUUGAUAGAUAAAUAUAAAUUCAACAAGGAUAUUCUUGUUUUCAAAUUAUUAUACAAUGAA